UUGAAUACACUGCAGCUCCUUCUUUGUCAAUUGAUAUGAAAUGGCCUUGUUAUACGCAGGCCGGGAGGGUGUACCUGGCCACGGCCUCUUGCAAACUUGGUUAGGGAUUCAGGUUGUUUAGCCUCAGAUCAGGCUUCGUGGGCGAUCGGCCAUGGGACGUUGGCGCCAUCGUUCGUGUCAUGAACCUGGGCAUCGCGGUUACGGGUGGCCUGGAUGUGGUUUGGCAAGUAAAAGGCUUUAACUUUUACCGACUUGCCAAUGUAUGUAUUUCCUUCGGGUUCCUCAAUAUGCCCAAUAUAUAUACCAUACCCUGUGGCAGUGUUAGGGAUACUCUUAUUUUGUGCUUAGACUGUCUGCCAUCUAAAAGAAUCACAACUAUGGCAGGUAGCUUGGAGGAAGGAGAUUUCGAAUUCAUUUUCAACAAUGUUAUUUUCCCGCCACAGCUACCUCAAUCUGGAGACGCUGAUGAGUGGAAACACGAAGAUGCUCUUAUCUCUUUGGCGCUGAGUGUUACGCGAAUCUUUCUUGAAAAUGAUUCCGAAGAGGCCCGGCCAACGUGGCAUUCCGUUGCCGAUAUGCUUGAGAACUUGAAGGCGAUUGGCAAGCAAGACCUGAUCUCCGAGAUUGAUCUUGUCCAAGUCUUGGAAAACCUAAAUGGUUCCAGGGGGCAUGAUGUGCUUCAUACGCGCUCAAAACUGUGGCUGGCUCAUGCAAAGUGACGCACAGGCUCGAAGCGUUAUUGUCGAUGCAUUCGAGGCAUCCCCAAGCUGCGAAGAGGUCCUCAAAAGCAAAGGACCGCUUGGUCCGACAUUUCCCUGGAAGAAGCGUGCGGAUUCCUCUUGAUAUAGUGGAGAAGACAGAAUUUCAAGAGUAUCUGGCACGGGAACUCUCCUGCCUUUCUCAAGAGCAAGUGGACGAGAUGGUACCCAUCGCGGGCGGGGCUGGGCAGGGCGUUUUUUUUGGUUUGUUGAGGAAGCCUUUGCCCUCGUUCGCAAGACACGGGGAAUUUUGGGGGAUUCAGGGCAACAUUUGAUUUCUUCUGUGAGUGGAAUGUCUGUAACUAAAUUCCUACUAGAAUGACCCAGAAUGUAGGAUAGAUCUCACAAUCAAAAAGGAUAGGUAGAACU